UAGUUGUAACAAGCAGAAUGUUUCCAAUUACGCCAUUAUUACUCCUUUUAUUAAUAUUAUUAGCUUAUUAUUAUUUUUCGUAUAAAUUUACAUAUUGGAAACGUAAGGGCGUACAAAGUUUUCCAGUCACAAUACCAAGUGGAAACAUUUUACAAAUACUUGUAUGUCGUAAAAGUUAUACAUCUGUGUUCACUGAAAUUUAUAAAAAAAUCAAUGGAGCAUAUGCAGGCAUUUAUUUUGGUUUAUUUCCUGUACUAUUUGUGAAGGAUCCAGAAAUUAUUAAAGAUGUGUUAAUUAAAAAAUUCGAUCAUUUUCAAAAUCGUGGGGUUCAUUUCGAUGAAAAACAUGAACCAUUAUCAGCACACUUGUUUCGUAUUGAAGGUGAGAAAUGGAAAACUAUGCGAAGAAAAUUAACACCAGCAUUUUCCAGUGGUAAAUUAAAAUGGAUGACUGAUAUCAUAUUUGAUUGUGGCAACAAUUUAAGGUCAUUAUUAAAUGAUGUUUGUGAUGGCGAUAAUAUUAAUUUCAGUAUAAUUUGUCAUAAAUAUGCCACGGAUGUAAUCGCUUCAGUUGGUUUUGGAUACGAAGCGAAUAGUUUAAAGGAUGAUCAAUCAGUAUUCUAUCAUUUUGCAAGUGACAUCAAAAGUUUAAAUCCAUUAAAAAAGUUUGUCCAACAAUGCGUGUUAUUCGUACCAGAAUUAUUACGAUUGAUUCCAAUGCGUCAACAAUCGAAAGAAAGUGAAGUAUUUUUCUUGAAAACAAUCGAUGAGACAGUGAAAUAUCGUGAAGAGAAUAAUAAAACACGAAAUGAUUUUAUGCAAUUGUUAAUUAAUAUGAAAAAUCAAGAAAAUGAGAUUACGAUGCGAGAAUUGGCUGCACAAGCUUAUGUAUUUUAUAUUGCCGGAUUAGAAACAUCAAAUCAUACAUUAAGCUAUACUUUGUACUACUUGGCUAAGUACCCAGAAAUUCAAGCUAAAUUACUCGAAGAAAUUGAUGCAACCUUUGAUACUGAUGAAAAGUUUACCUAUGAAAAUAUUAAUGGUAUGAUGUAUUUAGAAAUGGUAUUAUUGGAAUCACUGAGACUACGGCCAACUUUAUCAAUGUUAAAUCGUGUCUGCAAUAAACCUUAUACCAUUCCAAACACGAGUGUUACCAUUGAUGUAGGAACCAAAAUAUUAAUAUCGAUCAUAGACUUGCAAACAGAUCCAAAAUAUUUUCCCAAUCCGGAUAAAUUUGAUCCAGAACGAUUUUCCCCAGCCAAUAAAUCGAAGAUUCCUUCAUAUUGUUAUAUGCCAUUCGGAGAAGGACCUCGGAAAUGUAUUGGAGAACGACAAGGGAAAUUUCAAACAAAAAUUGGUCUAAUAUCCAUUUUACGAGAUCAUUCAGUACAUAUUUGCAGUUAUACAAAAGAGCCAUCCGAAUGGUUACCUGGAGCACUAUUAACAGUUCCAAAAGAUCCUAUUAUAUUAAAACUUGUAAAACGGAAAAAAUCUGUUUGAAAUGACUAUGUUUUUUUUUAUUCUGAAAAUUUUUAUCUAAAAGAUUUCAUUUAAUCGUAGUUUAAGGUUGAAGUUUAAAAAACAGUUCGACAUGAGUCUCACAUCGUGAUAUUUAAUUUGCUAGAAUUGAAUUAGUGUAAAACUCAUGAAUACUACCUCUGACGAAGUGUGCUAGUGUUGUUCAGGGUGAAAAUUCAUUCAAAACGACAUCAUAUAUUGCAGAAAAUAGCAAAGUUAGAAAAAAUGAUAAACUUUGGAAGGAUUUAUCUCGGAAACUAUUGUGUCUACAGAGGUUAUUCUAGUCUCAUAUUUCAUAUUCUAGCAUAUUUAGUCUACUUUUAAACAUUUUGAAAAGAUACUUCAAAAAGUCUGCAAAAAAUCGGAACUACCGUUCUUCUAUUUUCCAAAUAGAAUACUUAAGCGUUGACAUAGCUAAUAAAGAACAAGGGAUUGUAAAAUGUAUUCGAAGAAAUAAAACAUUUACUCA